AUGACAGGCCCCGCGCUCCCCAUCAUUGCAUCCACCCAGAUUACAUCCGCCGCGCGCACAUCCUCCUCCAAUACCUCGCUCUCUCUCGGUCCACCUCCAUCAGAGAAGCUCACCAGGACGAACUUCCUGCUUUGGAAAGCCGUCGUGCUACCCCAGAUCAAGGGAGCACAGAUGGAACACUUCCUCGACGCCACAAGCCCGGCGCCUCCUGCCACCAUCGCCAUCACCAAGGAUGGGAAGGAAGAGCAGGUCUUCAACUACGCCAGAUCAAUCUGGUACGCGCAGCAACAGCAGGUACAAGGAUACCUCAUGGGAUCUCUCUCUCUAGAGGUUCUCGCGCAAGUGGCGAUGCUCCAGACGCCGGCCGAGGUAUGGACUUUCAUCCAUGCCAUGUUUGCUGCACAAACACAAGCCCAAAAGAUCUACACAAGGAUGGCCCUCACCAAUCUGCAAAAAGGUAAUCUAACCAUGGCAGAAUACCUUGGAAAGAUCAAAACCCUUACAGAUGAAGUUGCCUGCGCCGGUGCACCGCUCGGAGAUGCCGAGAUCAUCUCUCACGUCAUAGUCGGCCUCGACAUCGACUACAAUCCCGUGAUCUCGGCCUUGGCCGCGCGGGUCGAACCGGUCACGGUUCAAGAGCUCUACAGCCAGCUUCUGAGCUUCGACGCCCGGCUCAGUAUGCUGCAAGGAACCAAUCUGCGCCAAUCCUCUGUCAACGCUGCCCCCCGCGGACGUGGCCGUGGGCGUGGACAGCAAGGGCGCGGACGCGGAAAUGGCGGUGGAGGACGUGUCGGAAACCAGGGCCAGGCUAGCCCUGGUGGUGGUGGUGACCGCGGCGGCGGCGAUCGCGGCGGUGGCUACAACAACGGCUACAACGGCGGCGGCUACAACAACAAUCACCGACCGAGAUGCCAGCUUUGCAAGAAGCCGGGCCACGAAGUCAUUGACUGCUGGCACCGGUAUGAUGAGGACUACACGUCCGAAACACGGCAAGCUGUUGCCGCCACACGGGAACACGGUGGAGCCGAUGGUGAGACGGUUUGGUAUGCCGACUCCGGCGCCACAGAUCAUCUCACGAAUGAGCUAGAGAAGCUGUCCCUCCGGGAGAGGUACCACGGCAACGACCAGAUUCACACCCUACAGGGCAUUAUUUCAUAUACCCAGAUGCAGCCAAGACUCGCACGGAAAUCCAAGCUGAUCCGCGGGCUGCUGCAGCUCCUGCAGGCGUGUGAUCCGAAGUUGACACCCGGCGCAGUCUGCCCGACGCGGAAACCCAGGAGGAUCGUCUUGUGCCAACCGCCCGCAACCGCGUGGCCGACAGCACCCCACGUGCGGGGUCCACCUGCAUCGGCGGAUCCCACACGCCAAUCGCGAGCUCCGCUCCAGGCGCCCCGUGGCCGACAACGCCCCCCCCCCCGUGUGGAGCCCAUCCGCGUCGGCGGAUCCCAGGAGGAUCCUCCCGCGCCAACCGACAGCGCCCCACGUGCGGCGCCCACCCGCGUCAGCGCCGCCUUCGACGGGAUCCCAGGCGCGGCUCCCAUUGGCUCCACCAACAGUGGGCCGCCUUCUGGCACUGUUGGUGAGGGGGCCAGCCCGACCGGCUCGACUGGAUCCUCUGCGGCUGAUUCUUCAGUUGACAGAUCUGCAGCAACUCCAGGUCCUCCUCCUCCUCGUCAUACACUGUCUCGAGCUUGGAGCCUACGACAGCUAGACGUCCAGAACGCGUUCCUUCAUGGUGUUCUUGAGGAAGAAGUGUUCACGCGGCAACCAACAGGGUAUGAAAAAAAGAACACACCACAUCAUGUCUGCAAAUUGGAUAAGGCUUUGUAUGGGUUGAAACAGGCCCCAAGAGCCUGGUAUUCAAGGUUAAAUACACAGUUACAAAAACUUGGGUUCACACCAUCAAAGGCAGAUACCUCCUUAUUCUUCUACAGUAAGAACAGCGUUACUAUAUUUGUUCUUGUUUAUGUUGAUGAUAUAAUUGUUGCCAGCUCAAGUUCAGAUGCUACAACUUGUCUGCUUAAAGAUUUAAAACUAGAGUUUGCUCUUAAAGAUCUAGGAGAUCUUCACUACUUUCUUGGAAUUGAGGUAAAGAAGGUAAAAGAUGCCUACUCUGAUGCAGACUGGGCAGGAUGUGCUGAUGACAGAAGAUCAACAGGUGGCUUUGCUGUAUUUCUGGGAACAAAUCUUGUGUCAUGGAGUGCAAGGAAGCAGGCAACAGUCUCAAGGUCCAGUACCGAGGUUGAAUAUAAGGCUUUAGCAAAUGCAACAACUGAGCGUAUCGCCGGAAUAAAUGUUGAUGCUAGCAGAAAGGAGAUACUCCAAUUUCUUUGGCUGAAGGGGGAUAAAAGGGUCAUCUAUUUUCAUGGUUGGGAUGGACUGGCUGUUGUCCUUAGAUCCAUAGCAGCAGAGCUCCGAUAUAGUAGAACCACUGCAGAACUAUGCUUUGAUAAGAUGAUUCAUAUAGAUUGUUCUGAUUGGAGAAAUAGAAGGGGAUUGCAGAGGGCAAUCGCAGAGGAACUGGAGCUUGAAAGCUCAAUAAUGACGGUCCUGGAUAGGCACGAUGAAGAGGAUGAUUUUAAUGGAGUUGAUGAAAGCUAUAGGAAUGAGAUAACAGGUGUGUCAAGACAGAUCCAAAAUAUUCUGAAAAACAACAGAUUUGUGUUGAUUUUUCAUAAUGGUAGUGACGAUGAGAUUGUUGACCUAACGAACUUUGGUGUUCCUACUUUUACAAGUUUUGGUGACAAUGUGAUGAUAUGGACCUACAAAAGGAGCAUGUUACAAGAAUACGAACUAGAUAAACUACUACACAAACUGAGGUACACUCAUCUUUUGGUUUAUGAUAGGUUGACGUAUCGACAAAGUGAACUGUUGCAUGAACUGCUGUGUAAAGAGGCCGACAUCAUACUUGCUCGCAAUCCAUGCAUCCAGGGAGUCAAUCAAUUAAUGGUUGUCCAUUGUUGUUUGUACAAACUAUUCCUGCAAUGUAGUUAUAACAAGGCUAAUUCUGACUGGGCUGAUGUUGCCUCCAAUUAUUGGAUUUGUGAUGGGAUACUGCAAAAAGACAUAACACUGGAGAUACGUGAUGCAUUGCACCGAGAGAUAAAAUGGGAGUGUGAUGAUAAUGCGCUCACAAAUUUCAAGAAACAUUUCAAGCUUCCUUUCCUCGUAGUUAAAGAAGAAGAUGCGUAUGAAGAAGGACCAUACCGUUGGAUUUCAGUCACAUCAAGGGAUAGGAAAAUUCUUGGUAUGAAAACUUUACCUGCAGACACAUCAUCAUUCUUCUUGGAAUUUCAAAUGUCCGAUCAGCCAACAACGUUACCAAAUGGUUUGUUUGAACAUUCCAGCAACCUUGGUGUACUGACUCUCUGCUGUUGUGCCAUCAGUUUUGCAUCACCUCCUUUCCUAAAAUGCCAUAACCUGAGAUUCCUUGGAUUGGACCAUUGUACAGAUGACAAAACAGGAGAAGGAGAUGAUCAUACAGAGUGGGUUUAUCUGCAUAGCUUGUGGGUGUUAGACUUACGCUACACCAACUGGAAUGAAAUCUUAUCACCAACAAAGAUGGGUCUCAUGGAUAACCUCAUGGAGCUUAGCAUAGAGGGAGUCUGGUGUUGGCAGUUCACAACUUGCUUACAAGGGCGGCUACCAAAUCUUCAAAGGCUCAGGGUAAUCAAGCCUACAUGUGGACCAGAUAUCUCAACAGAGCCAAGCAAUUCCUUCAUGGACAAGACAAAACUAGAAAUACUUGACCUGUCUAGCAAUAGUGAGAUGAAAAUUCUACCAAACAGCCUAUCUAAGGCAAGUAUGCUUCAAGUGCUUAUUCUGGAUGGCUGCAAUGAACUUCAAAAUGUCGUUGUGCCUGAUGGGCUACCUCGCUUGCUGAAGUCCUUCAGCUUUGAUGGAUAUGGCCCAGCUUCCCACCAGCGGGCGCCAAUUGUUGAGCUAACUCCCAAACAUGAACGCCCGUCGACCCCAGCAACUAAGGAGGGUGCCAGUGCCUCGAAGAUUUCCCUCAAAGGUUUCUCUCAGUUGGAGAAUCUAUUUGUGCGAAGUUUGCCCAACCUAGUCGAGCUUGACCUCUCUGGAGCUGCAAUCAAGACACUUGAUUUCCGUACUAUGGUGUUAGAAGUCCCAAUGCUGAAGCAGUUAUUUCUGCUAGGAUGUGAGCACCUUCGGGCGAUAAUUUGGAGCUACCAACAAAUCUUCCGUUUGAACUUGUUGUGCAUAGACACGCGAGCUGGAACUAGCUUUCCUCGGCCGUGCAUUGACCAGAACAAAUCCUUUCGGCUGGAGGUGCAUGCCAUUCUUGUGGAUGGGAGGCUUGCUCGGUCAUUGUUGCGUCCAUUAGGUGAAUAUGCAGCUAAGGAUGUUUAUCUAAAUAUCCACGUCACCUCAACUGUGUAUAGUGGGCAAGUGACAUACAAGGAGAAGAAGAUUGUCAUGUAUGAAGAUCAAGUCAGCCUGCCGCAGCUUGUUCAAGCAGACCGGUACAGUGAUGUUCAAAGCAUGGUUGGUGAUGCCCCAAUGCAGGUCUUCCCUAAGCCUCCGACUAACAAGUUGGAUCGGCAUAUUGAGGUUGAUGAAGGGAGGCAUGCCUUUGACCCUCGAAUGGGAGGAGUGAUGAAAAGUUUUGCGGAAUCCUUGCAUGUUCAUGAUGUCUCAGUCAGUGCUAGUUUGCCUACUGGAUACUGGAACGUUCUCAGGCAGUGCCGCAUGGAGAGGUGCCCCAAGUUGGGUGAAAUCUUCCCGAGGGAUUCAGCUGGAUUUAGGGAGCUGGAGACCUUCUGGGCGUCAGAUCUCCUAAUGGCCCGCUGGAUAUGCAGUAAAUUAGGUUCCCGCAUCAGCGGAGACAUGAAGAAGCCAACCGUCGAGAUCGAGAAAUUAGGUUCGUUCACAAAUCUGCAGCACCUACAGCUGCGCUCUUGCCCCAGGCUCCAGUUCGUGCUCCCUGUGUGGAUCAACUCCUUCCCAAGUUUGGAGACCCUGCACAUCAUCCACUGCGGACAGCUCAGACACGUAUUUGUGCUACACGAAAUGUGGUACCGAAUGGAAAUAUCCACCCAAGGUGUAGCAUUCCCGAAGCUGGCCACCAUCCACCUGCACGACCUGCCAGUGCUGCAGCAGAUAUGCGAGUUCAAGAUGAUGGCACCGGAGCUCAAGACCAUCAAGAUCAGAGGAUGUUGGGGCCUGCGCCGGCUUCUGGUGGUGGGGACCCGUAGCGGAGACAUGAAGAAGCCGACCGUCGAGAUCGAGAAAGACGUCUGGGACGCGCUUGAGUGGGACGGGGAGGUGUGCCCCGACCACUUCGAGGCGCCGCUGCACUCAGGCUACUACAAGAAGAAACUGCCCAGGGUCUCCGUGCUCAGGUGAUCCUUGCGCUGCGCUUCACCGAUGUGGUUCUUCCAUCCUUAAUGGGAGACCAGAUGGACGCCCGAUCCUGCAGGUCCUGCUGCCUGUUGCAUAUGUUUGGUUUGUUGUGUGCUUCCCGGAUUGCUUGAAAGAGAUUUGUUGAUGGUGCCGGUCAUCGAUCCAUCGGCUCCUACUGCUGCUUUGUGUUGUUGUGUCUGUCAGGUGUGAGCUUGUGGUGGCUCGCACCUAGCAUUGUGGCUUUCAAAUAAGAAGCAGCAUGCAUGGUUCUUGGUUGCUCGCACCGACGUG